GCACACAGGACGCACCAAUCCAAACCCAUUUCCCCUUUGGUCUGGUUCCUGCCCUCCCCACACCGCGUCGCCGCCGUCCGGCUCCUUCUUCUCCGCCUGAACCCAACGGAGCAAGCCUCCAAGCGGAGCAAAUCUCUGUCCGUCUCUCUACUGGAUCUGGACCGGCUCCCGCGACUCCUCCUCCCUCUGUCGCAGCGCCGAGUUGCUGGACCAGAUGGUGGGAUUCGGCAGCCUCGCGCCCAAGACCAAGAACCUAGUGGUGGGCGGCGGGCUGACAGGGUUCGUCUUCGGGGUCUACUACUACACCAUGAGAGCUGUCGGCAACACUGAUGAGCUGCAGGUCGCCAUCGACAAGUUCGAAGACCUGAAGAAGAGGGACGAUGCAGCCACCCCCGCCGCAAACCCCUCCACCCCAGGCUCAUCGUAGGCGAAAACAUGCUCUCAAACUUCUGUUUCCCUGGACCGAGCUUCUAAACUAGUUACCUCAUAACCAGAGCUCAGAACCUUGGUUUGGUUUGUAUGAUAAUGAUGGGUCAUGUUAGAUAGAGCUUUUUAUGGCAUGGGUGGGAGUCCAGAAUUAGUAAUGCUUUUGUGUUAAUGGUGGCCGCGGUGCCUGGAAGUUCGAUAUAUUGCGCUACUGGAGCAGAUUUUUUGGGAUGGCCUUUGGACCAAUGUGCCUUUUCAAUUGGGAUACAUGGAAUGUAUGGUGCACUUUCUGUUGGAAA